AUGUCGUCGACGUUGUCCAAGCCAAAGAGAGCAGGUGGCCUCCAGGGCCCCAGGCCGCAGCCGCUGAGCCUGUCGACCCGGCCGUCCAAGAAGCCACGCGUUGGCGGCCACGCCGGAGCAGCCGGGCCUGUGAUCGUGUACGAGAUCACGCCGAGGGUCGUCCACGCCGACCCACACGAGUUCAUGGCCAUCGUGCAGAGGCUCACGGGCAAUUGCAAGCAGCGGCCGUUGACGGCAGCGACGACGUGGCCACCAGAGGCGACGUCCGGAGCUAGGGACGGCAGGGCAUCAACCUCGACGGCCGCGGACGCUUUGGUUCUCACGCUUAGCCAACAGCAGCGUGCGCCGUGUGGUGGUGAUCAUCCGGCACCUUCUUCCCCGGCUGCCGCAUCACCGCUGCUGUCACCCAGCAGCUUCUUCUUCUCCCCGACCACCAUGCAGGCGAUACGGGAGCUCAUCAGCUGA